UAGCGGAGAUGAUUGGGACGUAUUUUAUAGUAUUCUCUGGUUGUGGAGUGGUGGUAGUGAAUGUGUUGUAUGGUGGAACAGUAACGUUUCCAGGAGUUUGUGUAACUUGGGGUCUCAUUGUUAUGGUCAUGAUUUACUCCACCGGUCACAUCUCCGGUGCACAUUUUAAUCCUGCCGUUACUGUCACUUUCGCCAUUUUCCGGCGGUUCCCUUGGUAUCAGGUACCAUUGUAUAUAGGUGCACAAUUUGCGGGAUCGUUACUAGCGAGUUUGACACUAAGACUAAUGUUCAAAGUCACACCCGAAGCUUUCUUUGGAACCACUCCGGCUGAUUCACCUGCACGAGCACUCGUCGCAGAAAUUAUUAUCUCAUUCCUCCUCAUGUUUGUUAUCUCUCGCGUAGCCACUGAUAAUCGCGCCGUAAUAGAUGAGUUAUAA